AUGUCAAGCAAUGGAAUAGGUUUACAAACUGCAAGAGGUUCAGGCACGACUGGACACAUACAAAAGAAUGUUGCGUCUAAUAAAGACCAUGCUAGCAUAAAGGACGAUAAAUCUGGCCACUUUAGAAGGCGACAAUUAUCAAAUGACCGCAAGCUUAAAUACGAUAAACACAUAUCUACCAGAAAUAAUCGAGAUGAAGCAAAGCAAGAAAUAAGGAGUCACGACUUAAAAAGAGACGUUGAAGUUAAGUGUAUGGAGUUGAGAGAUGCGUUAGAAGAUGAAAGUGAAGAAGAGCUUACAAUAGAGAAGAAAGUGAAUGAGCUUCGAGACAAAUUAUUAAAUUCUCCGAUGACAGCCAGAAAACAGACAAGCUUGGAUGAUCGUAAAAGCGACUCUUCGCAUGCAAGUUAUGAGAACAAAAUAAAUGAUCACAAGGAUAAUGAUAACGCUUCAAAAAAUGACAUUGAGGAUAGUUUUAGUUAUAAGCGCAGAUAUACAGAUUGUGAUGAAAAAGGGGAAAGAUUGAAAAUUCGAAGAUAA